AUGGCGGCGGCGGCGGCUACACCCGCCGUCGCUUCAGGUUCCACUCCUCAACGUCCUUCUUUGGCCGACCGUCAUCGUCAGCUGCGGUACGACGAUGCAAGGAUCGCGGAGGAACUGGGCUCCCUGCUCGAGAAGCCCCUCUCGAAGCUCGCCAAGGACCCGCCCUCGGGGCCGGACUUCCAGCAGGAGUACCCGGUGCUCGCCAAGAACGGCGUCACGUUGGAGGGAGUUACCUACGCCCUGGACGACUACUCCCUGCCCUGGCGCCUCGUCCGCAACUACGCCCAGAUGCAGCUCUUCACGUUCAAGAUGGCCGCCGGAAACCCCGUCAUGCGCGCCGCCAUUACGCACCACAACGCCCUGCGCGUGGCGGAGUUCCUCAACAGGGUCGAGCUCAUGGCCGCCCGCAAGCAGCCCUCCAGCCACAACAUGCACAUCGUGCAGGCGUCGGGCUUCGUCUCGGAGGUUAACGUCUACGUCAUCCUCACUCUGCUCGCCGCGCUCGUCGCACUCUUCACCAGCUACUGCGCUUACGUCGUAGUUGGCCACGCUGGGGAGCUAAUCGGUGGCGCCACACAGCCGCAGCGGCGAGACAAGGAACAGCAGUGUUUGCUGCCGGACGGGGGCGAUCGUAUGGGGGAACAAAAUGAAUAA